CGUUGGAAUCAUCACGAUUCUCGAGGCGGCGGCGGGUGCCGAGGUCACGGACUCCCAUGGCGGAUCAUGUCUCACUGUUCAGAACCUCGCUUCUCGCUUUGACUUCGUGAACCUUGUGCAGCUCCGAGCUUGUUCGCCGCCGCCGCCGCGCCGUGCGUGCAAUGGGGUCUUCGGCCGAGCCGCCGCCGCCGUGCCACGUCGUGGCGGUGCCGUACCCGGGGCGCGGCCACGUCAACGCGAUGCUGAACCUGUGCCGCAUCCUCGCCGCGCGCGACGGCGUCACCGCCACCGUCGUCGUCACCGAGGAGUGGCUCGGCCUGCUCGGCGGCGCGGCGGCCGCGGCGGCGGAGGGCGGCGUCCGCCUCGAGGCCAUCCCCAACGUCGUGCCCUCCGAGCACGGCCGCGCCGGCGACAUGCUCGGGUUCGUGCGGGCCGUGUACACCAGGAUGGAGGCGCCGUUCGAGCGCCUCCUCGACCGCCUCGCUCUCGGCGCGGCGCCGCCGCCGCCCGCCGCCAUCGUGGCCGACACGUUCGUGCUGCCGUGGGCGGUCGGCGUCGGCAACCGGAGGGGCCUGCCGGUGUGCGUCCUCUCGCCGCUCAGCGCCACCAUGUUCUCCGUGCACUAUCACUUCGACCGCCUGCCCACGGCCACCGACAUCGCCGAUGGCGAUGAGGUCGGAAACUACAUUCCUGGGCUGAAAUCGAUCAGGUUUAGCGAUCUUGAGCCCACACACACGAACAAGAACAUGGUAGACCUCAUCCUCGAAGCCUACUCCCAUGCCAGAAAAGCACAGUGCGUCAUCUUCACCUCCUUCUACGAGCUCGAGAGCAACGCCAUGGACGCUCUCCGGCGAGACCUCCCUUACCCGGCGUUCUCGGCUGGCCCUUGCAUCCCAUACAUGGCGCUCCAAGCUGACGAACACCACGCCGGCGACGAGGAAGAAGAGCCAUACAUGGCGUGGCUGGACGCGCAGCCGGUGGGCUCGGUGCUGUACGUCUCCCUCGGGAGCUUCCUCUCGGUGUCACGGCCGCAGCUCGACGAGAUCGCCGCCGGCCUCGCCGACAGCAAGGUCACGUUCUUGUGGGUGCUCCGCGGCGACUCCGGCGCGCGAGACAUCCUCCGCGGCGGCGGCGGCAUGGUGGUGCCGUGGACGGACCAGCUGAAGGUGCUGUGCCACCCUUCCGUCGGCGGCUUCUUCACCCACUCCGGCAUGAACUCGACGCUGGAGGCGGUGCACGCCGGCGUGCCGAUGCUGACGCUCCCCAUAGCGUUCGACCAGCCGAUCGUCGCCCGGCUCGUCGCCGACGAGUGGAGGAUCGGGUACGGCCUCAGGGAGAACGGGGACGGCGGCGGCUGCAGCGGCGUCGUCGGGAGGGAGGAGAUCGCCGCGGCGGUGAGGAGGCUGAUGGUGAUGGAUUCCGAUGCGGCGGCGGCGGAAGAGGCGAAGGAGAUGAGGAGGAGAGCUUCGCUGAUGCGAGAGGCCUCUCGCGCCGCGGUUCAAGAGGGUGGUUCUUCCUACAGAGACGUGACGUCUCUGAUCAACUACAUUUCAGAGUUCAAGAACUGAAACUUGUUUGCCUGAAACCACUUAUUUGAAAUAAGCUUUUAGUUUGUUCUCUAUUUGAAACUGAGGCUGUGUUUAGUUCAGCGCAAAGUUUGGAUUUUGGUUGAAAUUGAAGAUGAUGUGACUGAAAAGUUGUGUGUAUAACAAGUCGAUGUGAUGGAAAAGAACUGAAGUUUGAAGUUUGGAUCCAAACUUUGGAUCUAAACACAGCCUGAAUGCUACUGGUAGUACUAGAUUUCUCUUCCAGAGCAAAGUUUCUUCUAGUUCAUUUACAGGAGAAAAAAAAAGAUAUUCAAAUGGUGAUUUGGAAACUUUUAUGGCUGUGCAAGUUCAGAAAAGGAACCAAUAUAUAACUUA